AUGAGAAUGGAUUACCAUGAAAAAAGAAAUUAUUUUAUGAGCAUAAAACAGCAUUUUAGUUUCAUUAAAAAAAAAAAUAAUACUAAUGUAAAUGCUAGUAGUGAAAAUAUAAACAAAUCAUCAUUGAGUGAUUAUGAUAAUUCAACCAAAACUGGAAAUGAAUAUUACGAGGAAGAUAUAAAUAAAACAGAAAAUAGUGAUAGUAUAAUAAAUAUAAAUGAAAAAAACAUAGGAGAUAAUAAACAUACUAGUGAUGAUUUAAGGGCAUCGACUAAUAGUAAUAAAAGUGUUAACAGUAAUAUGGAUGAUUGGAUAGCUGAUAAUAAUAUCGCAAGCCAAAAUAGUAACAACAAUAAUAUUCAUAAUAAUGAUAAUAAUAAUUCUGUGAAUAAAAUACAUAAAAAUAUUGGAGGUCAUGUAAAAAAUAAUGAUGAUAAAAAUCAAUGCUAUUCUGACAAUAGUAAUAUAUUAAAUUCGAAUACCCAUGGAAAUAAUGCUAAUAGCAACAAUGAUGACCAUUUAAAUAAAAAUAUAAUGAAUAACAGUGAUUCACCAAAUGUUAAUAACGAAUUUGAUAUUUCCGAAAAUCAAACUUCGAUACAAAAGAACAUGAAAAAUAAAAAUAACGAUAUUAAAAAUGGGUCAAUAAAUAUGGAACAAAAUGACAAAAAUCAUAAUUAUGAUAAUCAAUAUUUUAUAAAAAAUGAAGACACAGAAUUUCGAAAUACUGAUAAAUUACCAAAACAAAAUAUGAUUAAAACAAAUUCAUAUAUAAAAAACAAUCAAGGGAAGCAACCACCCGCUGAUUCAAAUAAUGAAAACCAAAGGGAUAGUAAUAACAACACUAAUAAUAAUAAUUUUGAUAAUUUUAAUUGCAAUAAUAAUAUAGCCAAUUAUAACCAAAUAAAUGAUAGUAAUAAUAAUGAGAAAGGGUUGAAAACCCAUUUAGAAUCAGCUAAAUGUGAUAAUUAUUCUUAUAAAAAUAAUGGUAAGCUUGUAGAUAUACCUAACAAUAAGCCAAUUAAUACCAACAAAAUUACUAUUGAUAAUUUAAAUGAUAUAAAUAAAAGCAAUAAUGUAAAAAGUAAUAGUGACGCGAACUUAAAUACUGAUAUGAAUGCCAAAUCUAAGGCAAAUAAUUCCAUUCAUGAAAAUAAGGAUCCAUUAUUUUUUGAAGGAGAAAAACUGCAACUUAAUAAUUCUAAAGAAGAAACAUCUCUUAAACAACAUGAUAAUAAUAAUAAUAAUAACAAGUCAAAUAAUAUUAAUAACAAUUAUAAUAAUAAAGGAAGCAAUAAGGGAGGAGGUAAACGCUCGAACACUGGCGGGAAUCCAAUUAACAACCAAAAUGAUAAUAACAAAAGUAGCAAUAAUAGUAAUGGAAAUAAUGGGGGAGAUGGCCACAAUAAUAACAAUAAUAAUAAGGAUGAUAAUAAAGACAAUAAUAAUGAUGAUGAUGAAAAUAAAGGAGGUGGUAAAAAUAAUAAAGGAAAUGAAAAGGGAAAAAAUCGAAACAACAAAAAUAAUAAAAAUAACAAAAAUAACAAUAAAAAUAGUGGGAAAAAUGGUCAUAAAAAUAGUCAUUUAGAUAGAAAUUCCGAUGAAAAGGCAAAAGAAAAUGUUAUGAUUCGAGGAGAUAAAAAAAAAAAAAACAAUAGCGCCAAUAAUAGUGGUAAUAAUAAUAACAAUGCCAAAGAUUUGAUGAACUUGAAAAUCGGCUCGAAUAUGCGAAACAAUACAAAUAAUUUAAACAGAGAAAAUAUAAACAAAAUUACUAAUAAUAAUAACGCACUUUAUAAUAAUAAUAAUGUACAUAUGGAAAUGUAUGAAAAUAAUAAUGAAGUAUGUAUAAAUAAUGCUAUUGGAAAAACAAAUGUUGGAAUGAAUUUUAAUGGCAUGUCUAUAAAAAAAAUGAACGAAUUAUGUAAUAAUAUGAAUAAUAAAAUGCAUAUAAAUCACAUGGAUACUUUUGAUAACAAUGAUAAUAUAGUUCAUAUGGAUGAAGAAAUUAACCAUUUUAAUGGAAAUAAUUUUGAUGUAAAAGUUUUUAAUAAUAUGAAUGUAAUGCAUAAUAUAAAUAAUAUAAAUGGAUUAAAAGAUUUAAAUGAUAUGAAUAAUAUGAUAAAUAAUAUGGAAUGUGAUAUACAUAAUAAUUUUAUGGCUUAUUAUGGGCUUUCCUCUGAAGAAUUUUCAAAUAUCAAUAAUAAAAAACAUGAUACAGAUAUUAUUAUUGAUAAUAGUAAUAAAAAUAGUAAAAAUAUGAAUCCUAAUAUAAAUUCACAUAAUGCUAGUACAUAUAAUAAUAUAUACAAUGGAAACAUAUACAAUAAUAAUAAUGAUAAUAACAAUUUACAUGAAUCUAUGAUAUAUCCAAUGAAUAAUAUUAAAAAUAAUACAGAUAUAAAGGAAUACUAUCAAUAUUAUAAUAAUAACAAUAAUCCUAUACAAAAUGCUAAUAGUUCAUAUUAUCCAGAACAUGAAGAAAAAAUAUACUUGAAUAAUAAUGGAAAUAUAAAUAAAUUUAUUGAAUAUAAAAAAAAUAAUAUGCCUUAUAUAAAUAGAACUAUUGAUGAUAAAUAUGAAGAAGAAAAUAUAUUUCAAAAUAGUUAUGCAAAAAUGGAUAUGCACGAAUUAAAUAAGUCUGAAAAUAAUAACAAUUUUAAUAAUACAUUAAAAAGUUAUUGGUUAUAUAAUAAAGAUAAUAUAAUAAAAAAUGAUGUAAUCAAUAAUAAAAUUAAUAUGAAUAUAAUACAAGAAAAAAAUGAAAAUAAAAAUCAAAUAAAUCCAAAUUUAGAAGAUAGUUUAAAUUAUAAUGAAGCUAAUACAUUAAAUUUGUUAAAUAUUGCUUUUAAUGAAAUAUUUGCUGAUAAAAAACAUCUAAUAGAAAAAACGAUUACUAAAAGAUUUAUGAAAAAAUUAGCCGCUGUUUUGAAAGAUAUUAAUCCAGAUAAUAUUAAAGGGAAAGGCAAGCAACUGAAAAAAUUAAUAUUAAAUAAAAAGAAGACUAACAAACAGGAAAAACAUGAAACUGAAAAAAAUAAAAAGGAAACAAAUAAGACAUCCAACGUUAAAAUAAGUAAUGAUACCAAAAAUGAAGAUACUAAAAUAAACGGCGAAGAAAUAAUAAAAGAAUGUGAUGAGAAAAAUGUCAAAGAUACUAUAGAUGAUAAGAAAGAAAAAACAAAUACAAAUAAUAGUUCAGAUUCAAAAGGAAACAAAGAAGAAAAUAAUAAUAAUGAAAUGAACAAAAGCAAUGAGCUCGAACAAAAAGAAAAAAAAUCAAAAAGUAAAAAAAAUGAAAAAAACAGCACAAACGCUAACGAACUUACAGCAAUUAGUGAAGAUACUUCUAAAGAAGUUAAUGAAAUGGAAAAUAAAAAAGAAUUUGAUAAAAAAACAGGAAAUAAAAACAAUACUGAUAAUGGACAAUCAGUAUUGAAAGAUGAUGAUCCGAAAUGUGACCCUAACUCAUCAUGUACUAAGGAUGAUAAUGUGGGUGAAAACAAUAAAAAGGGAAUAGAAGAAAAUAUAGAAAAUAAGAAAAAUGGUUUCGAUAAAGAUGAAACAAUUAGCAAUAAUAAUAAAAAUAAUAAUGAUGAUGAAAAGGGAGAAACCCAAAACGGAAAUUCACUUGAAAAUAUUAAAAGAGAAGAUGAAUUUUUUGAAGAAAAUAAAAUAGAUGGUGUAUAUAAUAAGGAAAUAAAAAAUUAUCAAGAACAAAAAAUAUUAGACAAUAAUGCAAGUGAAAAUAUUAAUGAGAAUGUAGAAAAUGAUAAUACAGAAAAUAAUGAAAGAAAUGAAAAUAUUUCUUGCCAUAGUGGAAGCAGUACAUAUGAAUAUUUAAAUGAAAAUGUUGAGGAUAGUGAUGAUGAAGGAAAUGAUGAAAAUAAUAAUAGUAAGUAUAUAACAGGAAUUAAUGAUAGAUAUGAAGAAAUAAAAAUUGAAGAUGAUGUAAUGAUAAGAAGAGAUAUAUUUUUUUUUAAUUUAUUAAAAAUUGUUAUAAAAAAAAAAACAUCUGAAGAUAUGUUAAUAUAUUUACAUCUUUUAAAUGCAAUAAAUAUAGAUAAAAUAUUUGAUUAUAUUAUACAAUUAUCUUGUGAUAUAUUUAAUACUUUAUUAAAUUUUAUUGAAAUAACAAAAGAUUCAUCAACAUAUAGAUUAUUAUUAAAAAACUUGGGAGCAUGGAUAGGAAUAAUAACAAUUGGUAGAAAUAAACCAUUAAUAUCAAAAUAUAUGAAUAUUAAACAAUUAAUUUUAUAUUCAUAUGAUAAUGGAUAUUUAAUAGUUACUUUUCCAGCUGUUUGUAAAAUUUUAGAAAGCAUAAAAAAUUCUAAAAUAUUUAAACCUCCUAAUCCAUGGACAAUAGGAAUAUUAAAUUUAUUAGGAGAAUUACAUGAAGCUCAAUCACUAAAAACAAUUCUUAUUUUUGAAAUCGAAAUUUUAUUCAAUUAUUUAAAAAUUAAUGUAUUUGAUUAUUAUAACAAAUGUAAUAUUAUCAAAUGUAGAAAUAUGCCAAUUAAUUCAAAUGAUUUGUUUGUGAGAAAUAAUUAUAAUGACAACAAUUCUAAUACUAAUGUUAAUAUGGGAUAUGUAAAUGAUAAUGGGGGUCGACAUUUUGCCAAUACUAGUGAAAUUCGUCAUAUAUAUAACAAAACAUAUAAUAGUGGUGCAAACUUUUAUCCAAAUGACAAUUUUAUAAAUAAUGAUAAUAGAACAAAUAGACCAAUAGGAUUAGGAGAUGCAUCAUCAGCUAACUAUUUGAUUAACAAAGAUUUAAGAUAUAACAACAUGAUCAAUACUCAUAAUGGACAUAUUAUGGGAUCAGAAGCAACAUCUACAGCAGCUAUUUCAACAACUAGUAACAGUAACACUAACGAUUUGUACAAUAGAAAACAUCUUAGUGCAAAUCUAUUAAAUAAAGGUAAAAAAAAUGAUAACACAAAAAAAAAAACUUUUAUAAAUAUUGAGAAUAGAAUGUAUAUGGUGAAUAGUUUAGCUCAAAUGAGCAAUCUCAAUGUUAUAAAUAGUAAUAAUAAUAAUACAUAUAAUUUUGUUUUUAAUUUAUUAGGUGAUUUUGUGAUGAUAAAUGAUGGAAAUAACAUUACUGAUAGUGAAGUUAGUGCUAAUAAUAAGAACAAUUUUGAAGAUUCAAAUUUGAUGCAAUCAUUAUCGAAAAAUUUCAAAAAUAUGGAUAAUAACCUUACUUAUAAUAAACAAAUUUAUAAAAGUAGCAUGACUAGUGAACUAGUUUUAAAAAAUAACGCCUCACAAAGAAACAUAACCGGGGCUAAUGCUGGUAAAGUCAAUAAUAUUGGAAAAGAUUCUCAUACAAUGUCAAUGUACAAUUAUAUGAAUAAUGAACAACCAACCUAUAAUCCAAUGUUUGGAAAUAACAUAGAUAUGUAUGCAAAUGAAAAUGAUCUAUAUAAUAAUAUGUAUAAUAAAAAUAUGGAAUAUAUGCACUCAAUGAGUGGUGAACAUAUAGGAAAUAAAAAUAUGAAUAACAUAAACAAUAAUGGAAAUAAUGAUGAUAUUCUUAUGAAAGAUUUAAAAUACAAUGCUAAGAAAAAAGAGAAGAUGAUUGAAUUUGAAUUUAAAGAUAAUUCUUCCAAAAAUCCAAAUUAUACUUUAAAUAAAAAUAAACUUUUAUUAAACAAUAAUAAACUUGAACAUCAACGAUUUAAAAGUUCAGAUAUAAAAGAUGGAAAUGUUGGAAUUAAACCUGAAAUAUAUGAUAAUAACAAUAAAAGAGAUUCUUAUUCUUCUCAAUUGAUAAAUAAUAUGAAAAUAAAAAACAUGUUACCAAAUACUGUAGAUAAAAUGAAAAUGGCUGAUUAUAUGAAUAAUAACAUUAUGCACGCUUCUAAUAGUACUAACAAAAAUAAUUUGAAUGAUGGGCUUAUUACUGGAAAUAAUAAUAAUAAUAACAUGAUGGAUUCUUCAUAUUCUGGUUAUCCAGGAGUAGAUAUGAAUAUGGAAAACCAAGCAAAUAUUUCAUAUAAAGAUAACACAACUAAUAACAGUAUUAAUAAUAACGGUAGUAAUAAUAAUACAAAUAAAUUUAAUGAAAUUAUAUUUGACGAGAUAUCAAAUAUUUUAAAAAAAAAUAUAGUUUUAUCACCUUCCAUUUCAAUACUAAAAUUAAAUUUUAAAUAUAAGGCAUUAAUAUAUUUAGCAUUUGAUUCGGCUAUUAAAGAAAUUGUAUCUUCAAUUGUUGAUAGAUUUGUUUUGAUAGGGUGUAUAACAACUAGAGAAUUAGUAAAAAAAGAUUUUUUAAAUGAACAAAAAGAAACAAUUAUACAAAAAGCAUCAUUAUUAAUGGCAACAAGUAUAACUUCUUCUCUUGCUUUAGUUUCAUGCAAAAAACCUUUGAAAAAUGUAUUAAUACAAAAUUUAAGAAAUGCAUUUGAACAAAAUAUUCCUGAAAGAAAUAACACAAUCGCUAUUGAUGAUAUCAUAAAAAUUUUAAUUAACGAUAAUAUCAAUUUAAUAUAUUUAAUAAUUGAGCAAAUAGCUAUUGAGAAAUCAUCUAUAGAAAUAGAAGAAAUUAUGAAACCUGUUUAUGCGUCUAGAAAAUAUGCACGUAUACAUAAAUUAAAUAUAAAAGAUAAUACAUCAAAUAAAUAUUAUAACACUUUACCUGUUUUUUUAAAAGCCCAUAAUAUAACUUUGAAGCACAUCCAAGUAUAUAAAAAUUUUAUGAAUUUAAAAAAUGCUAAAAGUUUACAACAAAAAUUAUUUUCAGUGACUAAUAAUGUACACGAACAAGAAAGAAUUUCAAAUGAGGGUAACACAACUAAUCGAAAUGGAAAAGCCACAAAAGGUAUGCUCAAUGAUGAUGGUAACAUAAAUAAUUUUUAUAAUAACAAAAAAUAUGGAAUUAUGCAACAUACAUUAGAUGGAAGAAAUUCAAAACAUGGAGAUUAUAAAUUGUCAGAAAAUGAAUACAACAAGGAAACCUUAAACAACCACAAUAGACAAGAAGAUUCUAAAUGUGAUAAUGAAAUGAAAAAAAACAGAUAUUCAGAGGAAUCAUAUUAUAACGAAAAAGGCAUAAUAGAAGAAGAUAUUAACAGUAAUAUUGCAGGAACUAAGGAUGUUGGAAAUAAUAAUAUGCAUCAACAAAAAGGUGCUUCAAAUAUCGGUUACAAAAACAAUGAAGGAGUUAAGUUUAUCCCUUGUAAGAAUAAUAACUCGAAAGAAAAUGUAAAUUUUCACUUAGGUAAUUUGAAUAGCAAUAUAAAUAAUUUAAAUAUUCUGAAUAGUAAUGCUAUGAAUAAUGUAAAUCUAAAUAAUCUUAACAGUAGCGCUGAUGGCGACACUGCUAAAAUUCCUACUAGCGACAUUACAAAUAUCGCUAUAAAUAAUAAUGCUAAUUAUAUGAACAACCUAAACUUAUAUUACUCUUCUAAUUGUCAUUAUAUAUAUAAAAACUCAACUAACAAAUAUAAUUGUAAUAAUUCUGAUAAUAAUUUUAAUACGAAUAAUAGGUAUGUGAACAUGCAAAUUAUUAAUAAUGAUGGUAAUUCUGGCCUUUAUACUUAUGGCGACCAAUAUCCACCAAACUAUUCGGGAAAUUACCCACGGAAUUAUAUUGAAAACGGUACAAAUAAUUUUUCAGAAAAUACAGAAAAUUUAUAUUCUCAAAACUCCAACCAAAAAUACGAAAAUGGUUAUACCCAUCAUUUACCAAAAAUUUCUACUAAUACUAUUUUCCAAGCUGCUCAAAAUUUAGAAGACUUAAAAAAUGGAAAUAUGCACCCGUCUAAUAAUGAUAGUGAAAUUUCCUUUCCCCAAUUUUCUAACAUUCCAUUAAAUCCAAACUUCGAAAGUAAGUUAUCUAUUAAUAUUAACACCAAUAUAAAUAAAAAUGUAUGUAAUCAUAACAACAUAAACUGUAUGUUAAUACAUGAACAGUUUAAUGAGUAUAAUAUAAAUUACGAUCAUAAUAAUAUUGCUAUUAUUAAUAAAGAAAAUAAUUUCCAAAAUUGUAUAAAUAACAAUUUUGUGGAAUACAUGAAAAAUGUUAAUUCUAAAAAUAACUCUACUAAUACUAUAUAUUAUAGUCCCAAUAGUAAUGGAAAUAAUAAUAACGGAAAUAAUAAUAAUGGAAAUAAUAAUAAUGGUAAUAAUUUUGCUUGUUUUAAUAUAGGUACCUCAUCUCCUAUUCCACCUUAUAUGAAUAAUAUUAAAAUGGAUUGUUCCUCGUUAAAUGGGAAUAUAAAUGAUACCAAAACUGUAGAUUUAAAUAACGAGCAUAAUAUGACAACAUUUAACAGUGACGUUUUAAAUAAUUACGAUACCACCAGAAAUGUGAUAAUGAAUGUAAACAAAGAUUCAGAAAAAAAUGAAAAAGAAAAUGAAAAUAAGACCAAUGUUACAAACUAUGGUAUUACGCAUAUAAAUAGAGGAAAUGAUAACAACGAUCUUAAUAAUAAUUAUUAUAUUGAUGGAGAACAAAUUAAUAAUUCCAAAAUACUCACAUCGAUUUCAUCAGAUUGCACAGACAAAGUAAACAUGUGUUUGAAAAAAAUUAACAACAUAGACUUAUUGUUCAAAAAAAAAUAUUUAUUUUUUAUUUCAGAAAUAUUUUUAAAAGAAAAUAAAGAAAAAAUAAAUACAAAAAAUAUUAUAUCUCUUUUCGAAUUUUGUAUGAUUAAUAUUAAGGAUUAUAUUAAAUAUUUGAUUAUUUUCCCUCCUAUUAUAUCUACGUCAAAUAUAUAUAGUGGUUAUUGUAAUAUAAAAACACCAUUUUUUAAAUUUGAAAAAAAUAUUUACACAGAUAUAACACCACUUUUAUUUAUUACUUCCUUGUCAACUGAUCAUGAAAUUUUUAAAUUAUGCAAAAUUAUUAUUUAUAUAUGUGAAAAUUCGGAAAAUCAAAGUGAUACAUAUAAAAUUAUAGGAACAAAAUUGUAUAGAUCCAUACAAGAAAUGCUAAAAAAUAAAUAUAUAAUAAACAAUAAUAUUGCAAAUGUGAAGGAAGAAAAAAAAACAUUUCAUGAACAAGGACAUGAUAUAUUUCCAACUAAUGAUAGUGAUACAAAAAACAAUCAAAAUAAAACUAAUCAGAUGAAUAUAACAUAUAAUGAAACUGAUAUUCUUAUAGAAAUCCAAUUAUGUAUACUCGAAUUAAUGUGCAUAAAAAGUAGAGAAUUAAAACAAUUAAUUACUUCCUAUAUAUUAAGUUCUCCUUAUCAAAAUAUAAAUAGCAUUUCUUAUUUCAUUAGAUAUAAUAUUAUUAAUUUGAAACGUUUAGAUAAAAAUAUGAGAAAUCAUUUAAACAAUUUAAACAAUACCAAUGCUAUUAAAUUUUGUACUGAAUUAAUAUAUCUUAUGGUAAUUGAAAAGAAGUAUAUAAAUUCUGAUAAUUUAAAAAACUCAAUUAAACAGAUUGCAAAAAUUUAUAAUUUGUUAUCUAAUAAUAGUGAGAAUAUUAAUAAGGAUAAAAAAAAUGUAUUAAUUACUAUAAGAAAAAAGGCCAAGCAAAUAAUUAAAGGAAUUAAAAAAAUUAGAAAAAAUAAAACAUUAGAAACUAUCAAAGUAUUAAAGACUGUUACUGAAUAUUUAGGCGAAUCGAAAGCAAAGGAAUCAAAUAAAAUUAAUAGUCGAAAAAUGGAGAAAAAUACUAUUAAAAAAGAUGAAGAUGGUGAUAAAGAAGUUAAAAAGAGAAAUAAUAUAUGCACUAAACUACAAAAUGAUGUAAAUACGCAAUGUGAUUAUACUAAUAUAGAUGAAUAUGUUGUGUUUUUGUUAGAAAAGUUAAAUUAUGAAAAUAAUAAAAAUUUUAGUACUGAAGAUAUAUUAGAAAAAGAAAUUAUAAAAAUAAAUGCAGAUGAAAAAAAUGGAAUAAAAAAUCAUACAUCCAAUACUUUCAACAAUGAACAAUAUUCUGAUAAUCAUUUAAAAUGUGAUCUAGAACAAAAUGAAAAACACAAUUUUAAAUCCAAAAGUGAGCAAAAUACAAAUAAUAAUGAAUGUAACAAUAAUGUCAUUGUUUCGGAAUAUUGUGAAAAUACACAAUGUAAUAUUUAUAAAGAAAAAGAAGAAGGAUAUAAUUCUUCUGAAACGGGUUCAGAUGUAACAUGCACUUCUCUAUAUUCAAAUAAAUCGGAAAAAUCAAGAAAUUCAUCAGAAAACUCAUCAUUAUCAGUUUGUUCCAUUGCUUUAGACUCAAAAAAUAAUUCAAAAAAAAAUGGAUACACAAAUGAAACUGAUGUUAGCAAAUCGUCUUACUCAUCAGACUCCAAUUCUUCUAGUGCAUCAAAUAUAAGUACUAUAUCGGUCGAACAUAAAUCUACAAAUUUAGAAACAAAUAAAGAAAUAGAUAUAAAAAUACCAGUCACAGAGAAAAACAACUUGUUAAAUAAUUUUAUAAAUAUAAAAAAAAUGAAUAUAAAUGAAAAUUACAUUAAUAAAAAGGCUUAUUAUAUUACAGAUAUAUUUAAUGAUAAACCAAUUAAAUGCAAAUAUUUACCAUCACCUCCAAAUAUAAAUAAAGAAAAGGGAAUGAUUAUUGCAUGCUUAUUUGCUGAGUGGUAUUUUAUAUAUAAAAAUUACUUAAAUAUUUCUAAAAUGAAUGCACCUAGCAAUACCCCCGAUAUUUUGAAACAACAAUAUAAAUCGAAAUGCAUCAAAUAUAUACAAAAAUUAAUAAAAUUUGAAUUUUUAAACAUGGAUAAAAUGACUGACUGUUUUUUUACACACACUAUUAAUAUAUCGGUAAAUAUAGCUUUAUAUAAUUUGCAAAAAGAUGAUGUUAUCAAAGAUGAGUUAACAAAUCAGAAACUACAUCAAACAGAAAAGGAAAACGAUAAAAAAGGAAAAAAACAAGUUGAAGAAAGCCAAAAUGAAAAUUAUGAAGCAAAUAAUGUAUCUCAAAUAGAUAAUGAUAACAAAAUUGAAACUUUAAAAAAUAAUAUUGAAAUGAAAGAAUUAAAAAAUAAUAGCGAAUUAUUAAAUUAUAAUUAUAUUGAUUCGUGGUCUAAAAUGAUUGUAAUUAUUCUACAAUUAGUUGAAGAUAUAAAAGGAAUAUCACCAAUUAUUGUUUUACAAAAAGUUUUGAAUUCAUUAUGUAUGAUUAUACAUAAAAGAUGUGAAAUUGAAAAAAGAAAAUUUAAUCAAAGACCUUAUUUUAGAUUAUUACACUGUUUAUUAAAUGACAUAAAUGAAGCAUUUACAGUGUCAAUUAUUCCUAACAAUGUUGCUACAGUACAAUCAAAUGAUAAGCUGAUAUAUUUAAAUUGUUUUUCGAAUUGUUUUGAUAUAUUAUCUCCAAUACGAGUUCCAUCUUUUUCCUUUUCAUGGCUAGAACUUAUAUCUUCUAAACAUUUUAUGCCAAUUUUAUUAUCAAAUAUAUGUGGAUGGGGAAUAUACAAAAAUUUAUUAGUUGCACUUUUUACAUUUUUAAAAUAUUGUUUAAAAAAAUUACAAAUAUCUAAAGCCAUUGAAUCAUUAUAUAUAGGAACUGUAAGAAUACUUUUAGUAUUGCUCCACGAUUUUCCAGAAUUUUUAUGUAGUUAUUAUGUAACAUUUUGUAGUCUAUUUCCAAUUAAUUGCAUUCAAUUAAGAAAUAUAGUCCUUUCAGCAUUUCCAAGAAAUAUAAAAUUACCUGACCCAUUCAUGUCAAAUAUUAAAAUGGAUUUAUUACAAGAAAUUAAAUUAGUUCCUAAAAUCUUAACAAAUAUCAUUUUUCCAUUAUUUAAAAAUAAUUUUAAACAAUUAAUUGAUGACUAUUUUAAUAAAAAAAAAUACUCAUUACUUUUACAAAUUAAAAAUAAAUUAUAUUUACCAAAAAAUAAAAUUUAUCAACAUUUUGUUAAAUAUGAUAUGGAUAUUAUGAAUUCAUUAACAUUAUAUGUGGGAGCGUUUAUUUGCAAAGCUAAGACAAACAAUCUCUUUAGUUUUAACAGCAAUUCGGACCCUAUACUUUUAAUUAAGCCUAAAAAUGAUACCUCUAAUAACACAAAGGAAGAAAAUAAAACCCUUUCAAGGGAUCGGGAUAUUAUACAAAAAAUUGUAUUAAAUUAUCAAGGAGAAAUUUUAAAACGAAAAGACAUAAAAGAAGGAGAUGAAAAACAACCAAAUCAAGAAAAUCAAAGAAAUGGAGAACAAAAUAAUAAUUUGCCUAACAAAUAUGUAGAUCUUGUGCAAGAAAAUAAUAUAGAAAAUGAAAUUUCAUCAUUUUCAAAUUGUGAUAAAACAAAUACUAAAGUGUUAAAACAAAAUAGUGUAAAUAAUAAAGAAGAUAAUGAUGGCACAAUAGAAAUUACUAUUAUCAAAAAAAAUCUUGCUUAUACAUUAUUUUUGUUUUUAUUAAAAGAAUUAGAUAUGGAAGGAAGAUACUUAUUAUUAUUGAAUAUAGUUAAUCAUAUUAGAUAUCCUAAUUCGCAUACCCAUUAUUUUUCAUGUCUCAUUUUGUUUUUAUUUUCAUAUUCAAAUGAUAUCGUUAUUAAAGAACAAAUAAUUCGGGUUUUGCUGGAAAGAAUUUUAGCUCAUAGGCCACAUCCAUGGGGAUUAUUAAUUACAUUUAUUGAAUUAAUCAAAAAUAAAAAAUUCAAAAUUUGGGAAUAUCCAUUUGUACAUGCCACAUCGGAGAUUAAAAAAAUAUUCAAGUCAGUUUUUCAGACAUGCUUAGGAAAUGUUUAG